ACCAACAAAAGUAUCGCAUUUCUCCUUUUCUGUCUUUUUCUUCCGACUUAAUCGCAUGAUUACAGAACAAUAGAGCGGAAUUAUCUUUUUAAGUGAGUGUAAUCAUGCAUUUCUUCUCUCGUUUCAGAAAAAGAAGCAUUUCUGAUGAAUCCAAGGAAAUUGCUCAUACAUUGUCUCCCUCAGGCACUGAAAUGGAACGUUUGUGUGUGAUUCUUUUGCUUGCAUGGAAGACGUUCAUAGUGGAUGCGCAAUUCAAUGGGUUCAACUGUGAUGCCAACUUCCACAGCCGCUUCCCCGCCGAGCGGGACAUCAGCGUGUAUUGUGGAGUGCAAACCAUAACGCUGAAGAUUAAUUUUUGUCCGGUGCUUUUUUCUGGCUACACCGACACUGACCUGGCGCUGAACGGGCAUCACAGCGAUGCCCACUGCCGAGGGUUCAUCAACAACAACACGUUCCCAACAGUCGUGCUGUUCAGCAUCAGUCUCAGCACGCUGGAGGCUUGCGGAAACUCACUUGUGGUCUCCACGGCUCAGGGGCCCAACGCCUAUGGGAAUCUCUCCUUGGUCCAAAUUGGGAAUAUAGCAGGAUACAUUGACACUCCGGAUCCCCCGACGGUCAUCAGCUACCUACCUGGACUUCUUUACAAGUUCAGUUGUAGUUACCCUCUGGAAUACCUGGUCAACAACACACAGCUUGCUUCGUCGGCUGCAGCGAUAUCAGUGAAGGACAGCAAUGGCACGUUUGUGAGCACGCUGAAUUUACUUCUAUACAACGAUUCCUCAUACGUCCAUCAUCUUGCCAUCCCAGUAUCUGGACUUACUCUGAAGACGCGAGUGUUUGCUGCAGUAAAAGCCACCAACCUAGACAGGAGGUGGAAUGUUCUGAUGGACUAUUGUUACACAACUCCAUCUGGGAAUCCUAAUGAUGGGCUCCGAUAUGACCUUUUCUUUGGAUGUGAUAAGGACCAGCAGACAACAGUGUUUGAGAAUGGGAAGAGCCAGAUGGGCCGCUUCUCUUUCGAGGUGUUUCGCUUUGUCAAGCACAAGAACCAGAAAAUGUCCACUGUCUUUCUGCACUGCGUGACCAAGCUGUGUCGCUCUGAUGACUGUCCCCUGCUCUUUCCUAUCUGUGGUAAGAGGAAGAAAAGGAAUGUGCCGGAAAGAACUGCCGGGGCUUCUGACAAUGCAGUCAUGACGGCUGGGCCCAUCAUCACCCGAAUUGAUGAAACUCCCAGCAAUAAUUCCCAACUAGGUAAGCCUUCCUUUUUAAACAGCCCUCCAUUCAAAAUGAAUUCAGCGACGAGUGCCUUGAUUUCUGCCAGUGCGAUCCUCGCCGUUAUGAGCACGUGUUUCUUCAUCCUGUCUAUGUCACUGCUAAGAGGGAAAUAUACGCCACCAACACCUCUAUCAGGAACUCACAACCCAACGUUCAGUUAAACACACACAUGUUUUUUCAGUCAGCUAAACAAUACAACAAUACCUGUGUGAGGAGCUCUUCAGGUUACACACAGUCAUACAGUACAGGGAAAUAAUAUCAUAAUAUCACUCUACACAGCCUUUAGCUAAAUACAGCUGCCUAUUUUUGGUCACAAAGCAUCAAUGCAGAUACUCUCAUCAUCAGUGUCCUAGACACAAUCCUGAACCAUAAGGCAGAAUUCUGAUUGGAAAUUAUUCUCUCUCUCUCUCUCUCUCUCUCUCUCACACACACACACACACACACACACACACACACACAGGAUAAUCAGGAAUAACGCCAUUAAAAGAUGCACUCAGUCAUUUCUUUCCUCAUUAAAAUGUUUUACAGAUAAAGAAAUGUCAUUUUGACAAAAUCAUGUACACUCACAUGAGAUUCUUAGUCAUACUGGUUGACAAACAAAUCUGGGGGCUGCCAUGUUGAGAUCACAUGACCAGCUGAAUAAUACUGACUUCAUCUCUGUAAGGUUUCUUGUUAUUGUAAGAUUUUGCUAAUGAAUUAAGUUAGUCACGGCUGAUAAUGCAUUUCUAAAACUGAAAAAAUUUGAUUUCCCCUAAAUCUGCAUCCACACCACUAGGUGUCAGUAUAAGUACCAGAAGACUGACUCAACAUAAACAAAAACAUUUCAAGUGCCCUUUUAGGCCCGAACAUGCUCUAUUCAUGUACAUGAAGGCAGACGCUUCCAAAUACAAUAAAUUGUGCAACGCAAAUGCUUUUUCUCAUCAUUGCUGUAAGUGG